AGUCGUCGGAGUUCCGUGCAGACUCCUUCUUCCUCUCCGGAAUACCUUGUUGAACAUGUUUUAAGGGUGACUGUAGUGCUACACCACACCCGGACUUUCUUGAUUCCGUCCUCUAUGAGUCGGCAGCCCGCCAUUCGGACAAUCCAACACCAUAUCUCCAUAUCAUUUGAGGAGCGAAUAACAUGGAAGGUUUUUCGAAAAAAAAAGGGAAAAAAAAGCAGUACCAAUGCCGCCUGUGAAUAAUUCCACGGCCGCGGAAUACCGACGCCCAUCAAAUGGAGGUUAAAGUGGGAUAGCGCUUAUCUCCACAACGUGUGUGUGCUUUCCUUCUUUUUUCUCUUUGUAAUCCUUAAUUGCGUAGAGAAAUAAUGCUUGAACGGCCAGGGCAGGUAGCUCAUCCAUGAGAGAAUCGCGUAUAUAUUAUACAUAUAUAUAUGGGGCCCCCCGGGCUGCUCCCAUGGACUCAAGGACGUUAACUCCAAAGCAUUCCGAUCUUCUGCUUCUUCUUUCCUGCUGCCAGGGCAGACAUGGACUCUCCGCGCCUCGACCAACUAAGGAAGACCCUCCGUCCGCUAACAUUCGCCGUGUUUGCCGGCUCGCAGAUUCUUGAUAUCAUCAAUGUCACCGGCGUGACCUUUGCUCUACCCAGCAUCGCGGAGAAGUAUGAUAUUUCAGAGACGGAGGCUAGUUGGGUUCUUUCUGCGUACUCGCUCACGUUUGGAUCUUUUUUGUUGAUUGCGGGAAGACUUGGUUUGUGCUCCUUCCCCCCCGCAAGAUCAUGGGAUAUCACUGGAGGCUAACCCUUUUCAAUCUCUUUAAAGGUGAUGUGAUAGGGCAUCACAUGGUAUACUCUGUCGGCCUCCUUUUCUUCUCCAUUUGCUCUGCUAUUUGUGCUGGGAUCGACAACGUUAUAGCUCUCUAUGUCGUGAGAGCGCUUCAAGGAAUUGCGGCGGCAUGCACAAUUCCGACCUCCUAUGCUCUUGUAGCAACCACUUUCACAGGGAAAAGCCAGCAGAUGGCGGUCAGUGGUCUGGGUGCUUGUCAAGCUGUUGGAGCUGUUAUCGGAACUCUAGGUAUGAUACACCUCUUGGUAUCCCCCCCGGAAAGCAUGAGAACUGAUAGUUUCCCAGUCGGUGGUGCCUUCACCACUACCUCUCUAGGUUACAAAGGACUCUUCUGGCUUUCCUUCGCCUUGUCGAUGGUAUUCGCGGUGCUGGCCUUCGUCCUCGUCCCUCCUAGCCCCACCAACAUCCCCCUAGCGAAAAAACUGGACUACCCAGGAGCAGUCUUUAUAACCAUUGGUGCCCUCCUUCUUGUCUUCGGUUUCACCGAAGCCCCCACAGACUGGGGCCAGGCAAAGGUCAUUGCACCCAUCGUCCUCGGAGGCGUAAUCAUCAUUUUCUUCUUCGUCUGGGAGGAAUUCGUUCUGGAGAAGCACGUCUCCCUGGAGCCCCUCAUCCCCAGGAAAGUCUGGUCAUACCACAACUUCGGUCCUAUCGUGGCGAUAACCGGCUUCACCUACGCCACCUUCUUCAUCUUCCUCCUGAACGGGAGUCAAUUCCUCGUCCGCGUGCAGGGCAAGUCGCAAAUCACCUCCGCCAUCCAGUUCCUCCCAACUUCGGUCACGGCCCUGAUCGUCAUGCCCCUCCUGGGCGCCGUGUACGGCCGUGUACCGCCAAAAUGGGUCAUAGCGGCGGGCGAGGUCCUCGGUCUCGUCGGCAUCCUCCUCUUCUCGCGCAACGAGGUGGACACCAACUUCUGGAAGUACACCUUCACAGGCGAGGUCGUUGCGAUCAUCGGCAUGGCCGGCUACUUCGUCAAUUACCUCAACGUGGCCAUUUCCAGCGCGCCCAGCGAGAUGCAGGGCCUCAUCGCGGGAAUCUUGCAGACAGUGGCGCAACUGGGCACCGCUCUGGGCUUCGCGAUUGCGAGCUCGCUGGUUCACGGCGAGACGAGGGAGGAACUGAAAGAGUCUUACAGAAACUCGUUUUAUACCUCCAUGGCUUUUGGCGCUGCGAGUGUCGUCGUUGCCGUCCUCUUCAUCAAGAGCUCCAUGACUUCAGGGAACGAAAAAUCCGAGGAAGUGGAGGGUAGCGUGAGCAAUAGAAAGUUGACCGGCGACGGCGAGAGCACGACUCCAAGCACCGCGCUAGGGAGCAGGAAUAUCUCUGUGGAGAAGAGUGAGGUUUGAAUGAUGGUUUUUUUUUUUCCAAUUUGCUUGCCAAGUGUACUGGCACUCUUGUCACGACAUAUUUUUGUUCCCCCCUUUUUUCUCCCUUUUUGAGAAAUUGCAGAGAGGUGUCUGUUCUCUUUAUUUUGUUUUGUGAGUGUUUUCCAGACCGCAUUAUGUGCUGGGACUUGACAUCGUAAAAAGUCGUGUUAUGAUACCUAGAGAAGAGCUGGGGGAGGAAGGGCGUUUCUAAAUCUGGGGGAUUGGAUUUCUUUUGUUCAGGCCCACUGCUGAUAAAUGAAUAACCUGGUGGUUGGAUUUAAUGGAUGUUGGAUGUGCAUAUAUUCCCCGAUUGGCAUAUAGGAAUAAAUAGUUUCUUCCUCGGGGGUCC